AUGUCUCUCUCCAACAAACUCUCCAUCAAUGACGUAGACCUCAAGGGCAAGCGCGUGCUUGUCCGAGUCGACUUCAACGUGCCAUUGGACAAGGAGACCAACUCCAAGAUCACAAACAACCAGCGUAUCGUCGGCGCCCUUCCCACAAUCAAAUACGCCAUCGAACAUGGCGCCAAGGCAGUCAUCCUCAUGUCCCACCUCGGUCGCCCAGACGGCAAGCCCAAUCCCAAGUACAGCCUGAAGCCUGUCAAGGCCGAGCUUGAGAAGCUCCUAGGCAGGCAUGUGACCUUCACCGACGACUGCGUGGGUCCGGAAGUUGAGAAGACAGUCAACGACACUAAAGACGGUGGCGUAGUCCUCCUCGAGAACCUCCGCUUCCACAUCGAAGAAGAGGGUAGCAGCAAGGACAAGGAUGGCAACAAGACUAAAGCCGACAAGAGCAAGGUUGAGCAAUUCCGCAAACAGCUCACAGCUUUAGGAGAUGUCUACAUCAACGACGCCUUCGGCACCGCUCACCGCGCCCACAGCAGCAUGGUCGGCGUUGAACUCCCACAAAAAGCCUCUGGUUUCCUCGUAAAGAAGGAACUAGAAUACUUCGCUAAAGCGCUCGAGAACCCUCAAAGACCUUUCCUCGCUAUCCUCGGCGGCGCUAAAGUCAGCGAUAAGAUCCAGCUCAUUGAGAACCUACUCGAUAAAGUCAACAGCCUGAUCAUCUGCGGCGGUAUGGCCUUUACGUUCAAGAAGACGCUGGAGAAUGUCAAGAUAGGGAACUCGUUGUUCGAUGAGGCGGGGAGCAAGAAGGUGGCAGAGUUGGUGGAGAAGGCGAAGAAGAAUAAUGUCAAGCUUACCCUUCCUAACGACUAUAUCACCGCGGAUAAAUUUGACAAGGAUGCCAAGACUGGGUAUGCCACGGACAAGGACGGCAUCCCUGACGGCUGGAUGGCGCUAGAUUGCGGUGAGGAGAGUCUGAAGUUGUACAAGGAGGCUAUUGAUGACGCCAAGACCAUCCUGUGGAAUGGGCCUCCUGGAGUGUUUGAGAUGGAGAAGUUUGCUAAUGGAACGAGGAAGACGAUGGAUUAUGCGGUUAGUGCUGCGCAAAGUGGGAAGAUUGUGAUUAUUGGUGGUGGAGAUACGGCGACCGUGGCGGCGAAUUAUGGUGUGGAGGACAAGCUGAGCCAUGUCUCUACGGGUGGCGGUGCGAGUCUGGAGUUGUUGGAGGGGAAGGAGUUGCCUGGUGUGGCUGCUCUGUCGAGUAAGUAG